AUGAAAGCCACCCCGUUGCUCAUUGCAUGGCAUAAUGACAAUGCCCCCAUUUACUCCGUGCACUUCGAUCCGCAUGGGAAGGGUCGAUUGGCUACGGCCGGCAAUGAUAAUAAUGUCAGACUCUGGAAAGUCGAAUCUACAGGGGAGGAGAGGAAGAUAACCUACUUGAGCACUCUGAUUAAGCACACACAAGCCGUCAAUGUGGUCCGGUUCAGUCCCAAAGGCGAGAUGCUGGCAUCUGCCGGGGAUGAUGGAAAUGUGCUGCUGUGGGUUCCGUCGGAGCUUCAGACUGCUUCAGGACUCGGGGAGGACAGGGCAGAUGAUAAGGAAACUUGGCGUGUCAAGCACAUGUGCAGGUCGUCCGGUGCGGAGAUUUAUGACCUGGCCUGGUCCCCAGAUGGUGUAUUCUUCAUAACUGGAAGCAUGGACAAUAUUGCUCGGAUCUACAAUGCGCAGACAGGACAAAUGGUUCGACAGAUCGCAGAACACUCUCACUAUGUGCAGGGCGUAGCUUGGGAUCCGCUCAAUGAGUUCGUGGCUACCCAGUCUUCCGACCGGUCGGUGCAUAUCUACAGUUUGAAAACCAAGGAUGGCCAGUUUACGUUGACGUCGCACGGCAAAUUUCUAAAGAUGGACUUGCCAGCGCGACGGAUAUCCUCGAACAGUCCUGCGCCGCCGGAACUGAACACCAGAGCGCAGUCGGCAACGAGCAACCCAAUUGCCAUUGCAUCACCCGCACCAUCUACUCCUGGUACUCCCAAGGCAUCGAACCUACCAAUGGAUCCUCCUCCUGUCUCUCACAGUCGUCGGUCAUCUUUCGGAUCAGCUACGUCCAUCCGCCGUUCGGUGUCCCCGGCGCCAUCGUUGCCGCUGCCUGCGGUGAGACCAUUGGAAGUCUCAUCCCCGAGUCUCUUUGGUGGUAACACUAGUGGCCUGGCUGUUAAGAAUGCCAACAUUUAUGCGAAUGAGACGUUUACUUCUUUUUUCCGGCGAUUGACAUUCGCGCCGGACGGAAGUCUACUGUUCACACCUGCUGGGCAGUACAAGACGUCUCAAGUGUCACUUACCGAUCCGACAAAGACUACAGACGAUGUAAUAAACACUGUCUAUAUCUAUACGCGUGCGGGCUUCAACAAACCCCCAAUUGCCCACCUCCCUGGACAUAAGAAGCCUUCGGUUGCAGUCAAAUGUUCCCCGGUGUUCUACACUCUGCGCCAAGGGGUGAAACCUACAAGUCACGUCACUAUAGACACCUCUUCUGGAGAAGAAGCAUUUGGUUCUCUGCCAGAUCCAGUAGUGUCUUCUAACGGCUCCACGGACGGUAACUCCAUGGAGCCGCCGUCCCUCCCUCUCACAGGAGACUCGUCGAAGUCAGAGACGUCUCGAAAGGCUUCAGACAGCGAAGGCAACGCUGCUAGCCAGCCUCCUGGUCCAGUAUUCUCCUUGCCAUACAGAAUAGUGUACGCUGUGGCAACGCAGGAUGCUGUCCUUGUGUAUGAUACGCAACAGCAGACGCCGUUGUGUGUUGUAAGCAACUUGCAUUUUGCUACAUUUACCGACCUUACAUGGUCGCAUGACGGAUUGACUCUGAUCAUGAGUUCUUCCGACGGUUUCUGUUCGACUCUGUCAUUCUCUCCUGGGGAGUUAGGGGAGCAGUACAAGCCAGUGUCUACUCCACACCCCCCUGUCGUCUCGACUGCACCGUCUACAAGCCACACACCCGCACCAACAAGCCAUAUUUCGUCUCCUUCUGUGGUGAAGACAAGCCCUGGGCCAGUGGCCGCUCUCGCUUCCCAGCCUGCUGCAACGCCUCGGCCUUCCAGUCCCGCGCGAUCUAAUUCUACCUCUUCCGUUGCCACUCUCUCCUCCACCCAGCAGCCACAGACAGUCAUUAACAACCCAACCCCGACAUUGGGGUCUGUGCCCCUGGUUACGGCAGCCAAUUCAGCGCAGCCCCCAACCCUUCCUCUUACAACGCCCCCACAGACGCCAAUGUCGUCUGGUGUAUCCCAUAGCGCGAGGAGCUCUGUGAGCGGCAGCGUUCUAGGCAAACGGGAUAUCGGUGCUGCAAGCGAGUCAGAGAAGGAAGAAUCCAAGGGUCAGAGUAAUGAGAAUCAGCCUCAGCAAUCUAAAAAGCGACGGAUAGCUCCCACACUUGUCUCAGGUGGAAACAAUGAUAAUCCUGAUGUCGCUGGCUGA